UUGCGCGCGGAAGUGAACGUGAGGUCGGAGCGCGCUUCUGGGAUAUCGGGUCGGUGAUGGACACGGCAGGGUUACUGAAGGGGGCCGCAGCCGUGGGAUCGCGAGCUCGGCGGAAACUUCUUACGGCGGAAGAAGCGGAACUAUUUGAACUUGCGCAGGCUGCGGGGAGCGGCAUUGACCCGGAAGUGUUUAAGAUUCUGCUGGACCUUCUACGCAUGAAUGUGGCACCUUUGGCUGUCUUUCAAAUGUUGCGUUCCAUGUGUGCUGGGCAGAGAUUAAUUAGUACUGAGGCUCCUCCUGAUGCAGCACGAGAGCCCCCAAUUGUGUCUGCCAAGACCAGUAAAAUCCCUGCACCACUCUCAUUUUCCUCUGUCCUUCGACCUCCACGAAUAAGAGUCCCUAAGGCUGUGGUCUACAGUCCUGCUGCAGCUUGCUCGCCUCUCUCUCAAGGUCCCCCUGGCUCUUUCCAGUUUUCUUGCUGCCUGUUCUCUCCUUUUGCAGGGAGAGCCAGAACCAUUUCUACAGCAGCUGGGAAUCAACCUGUGUCAGAUCAUAGCAACCGAGAAGGAUCUAGUCAACGAGUACCACGGCAGCCAAGUGCCAGCAGGCUGCCAAAGACUGGGUGUCCUGUGAAAAAUACAUAGAUACUUAGAAAAUGGCUAAAAAAUUAUUGUGAUGUUCCAAAAUGUCAAUCACUGUUCAUUCCAGGAAAACCAAUGACUAGAAUUCUAUGGAAAGUUCUAACUAUUAAAUAACAUAAUGACUCUGUCCGAAUUAAUUCAUUGUUCAGUUUAAAUAUCAGGCAGUACAGAAUAUACUGUUUCCGUAUUUCUUGUAUUACUGUUCAUGAUUACAUGUAGUUACUUGUUGAUUUCUAUUGGGAAAUUUUUUUGAAAUUAAGUUUAAAAAAUCUUUUAACUCGUCUCCUGUUGAAUCCAUGUGCUUAUUCACAGAACAUUUUUGGCAGUACAGGUAGUUCUCAACUUACAACUACAAUUAAGCCCAAAAUUUCUGUUGCUAAACAAAACAUUUGUUAAGUGAAGUUUGCUCCAUUUUAUGACCUUUCUUGCCACAAUUGUUAAGUGAAUCACUGCAGUUGUGAAGUUAGUAACAUGCUUGUUAAGUGAAUCUGGCUUCCCCAUUGACUUUGCUUUUCAGAAGGUUGCAAAAGGUGGAUCAUGUGACCCCAGGUAACUGCAACCAUCAUAAACAUAAACCAGUUGCCAAGCAUCCAAAUUUUGGUCAUGUGACCAUGGGGAUGCUACAACAGUCAUAAGUGUGAAAAAAAGUCAUAAGUCCCUUUUUCCAGUACCAUUGUUACUUUCAAUGGUCACUACAUGAACUGUUAUUAAGUCAAAGACUACCUGUAGUACAGAAGUGAUUUGCCUUUGCCUUCUUCCAUAAAUGAAUGAAUGAAAAUCUCUUUUUUUCUUCAGUAAAGCCUAUGGCUCUGGGAUUUUCUGAUGGUCUUUCAUGCAAAUGCUAAUCAAAUCUGACCUUGCAUGAGCUUGUUUUUCCAAGAUCAGCCAAAGCUGGGUGGAUACUCAACUUCGCUUUAAAACAGGCAUGCCAUCUUUCACCCAAUAGGCAGCCAACCUUAAAUCGUGAAUUCUAUGCAUAUGUUUUUGGGAAUAAAUUCAGAAGGAUUAGAAUUAUUUCAGUCUGCUACUGCAUUCCUGAAACAAAUUUAUUAACAAAUACAGAACGAAGAUGCAAAUUCAAUUCUGUUAUGUAUUCAUGUAUGUACCUUUAAAUAUUUGAGCGGGAAAUCAGCACGUUGCUGAUUGGACGAAGCCUCCAGUAGAACUGUAUAAAAGGAGAGGUUUUUCCCCCAGCCUGUUGCUGGGUUCACCCUAUAUUAAAGAGCUGUUGUCACUA